AUGACUAUCGAUGGGCUUCAUAACAAUAGUGAUGAGUUUGAGGAUGAGAGUCUUAAUACGGGGUCUGACAAAGUUUAUCAAAACUAUAUGAUGCCUGGUUUAGAGCUGUAUGAUGCCAAGGUUUCAAUCAAUCAUUGGCAGUUGCGAGACUGUCUUAGAGCUUCGAGCGUACGGCCAGAGAAGUUAUUAUAUAUAUUCGAUCACUCUGUGAGAGCUCUGGAUACUGGUCGUGCCGGCUUGAGAGGGUUUCAUAGGCCUAAGAAACAGAAUCGCAGGAAUAGCAUUAGUGGCACCAGGAAGAAUUCCGGAGGACAAGUACGAGGAAACUUUAAUGUCCCGUCUCAGAAAGUCACAGAGUUUAAUUUUAAGCCUAGAAGUUUUACAGAAUCCCAGGGUCUUAUCGCAUGUGGUGGGCUUGUUGGGCCCGAUGAUAAGGGAUUUCCGACCAAUUGGUCUCGUCUAUCGCAGGAACAAAACCAUGUAGAACCUUUGCCACCGCCCGCAGAACCUGUGAAAUUGGCUAGCAGCAGUGUUUUGGCUGAUCACAGCAACUAUAGCAAUCCCAGCAUAUGGAAGGGGAUUUUAUCUUUGCAUAAUACGGAGACUGGAGUCUCCACAUCGUACGUUAUGGGACAAUUUAUUAACAACUGUGUUACGUUGAGCCCAAAAUCUACACAAGAGUACGAUUUGUAUUCUUGUAACAAUGAUGGGCACCUUUAUCAAUGUCAUAUCAAUAAUCGUGGUGUCGAACUGGUCAGAAGAUACUCGGAUUUAAAAUUUGCAUUGAACAACGCAGCCAUUUCUCACGAUGGCAAGACGUUGAUAGCAUCGGGAGACUCUAAUAAGUUCGCCAUUUAUAGACAGAACCAAUUGGCCGGUCAGUUCUUCUUAUCCUAUGACAAUCAACCGGACUGGGGUAGCUCAGUGGUGAGAGCCAAGCGGAUUCCAAGGUUCGCAUUACCAGAUGGUUCAGCGUUUGUUGAUCACAUUUAUGAGGCUCCAGGUGGCGACCAUGGAUUUUACAGCAGUUUUUCUGAAAACGAUUUGCAAUUUGCUACUUUAUUCCAAAAUGGGGUCUGUUUGAUUUACGACGUUAGAAAGAUGGAGACUCCAUUGGCCGAGGUCACUUCGACUAGACCACACUCUCAUAACGGUGCAUUUAGAGUGUGCAAAUUCAGUCAUGGGUUGGAUGAUUUAUUAUUCAUCUCAGAGCAUCAGGGAAGAGUUCACGUUGUCGACACCAGGAAUUUUAUGAACCACCAAGUUAUCCUAAUUCCUGACAAACUAAAAGUUGAAGCGGAUGAAUCUUACAGUAAUGCGAGCGAUGUGAUUAACGAUAUGAGAAGAAGAAAUGUUCCCGUGGUUUCUGCCCUGUCUCCAUUGUCAUCAUCAUCUUCCAUUUCUACGUAUGGGGGAGCGAGCAGAAGACGCCACUCUCUACCAACGUGUCCCGUAGCGUCAUCCGAGCCCUGGUUAACGUCCGCAGCCAGUGUCCCAUUGAAGUACCUGGAACCGCAGGUUGUUCCUUAUCCAAGGGCAUUCAACAAAUUGACUAACAACUUCGCUGCACCUCAGCCUUGCGAGGCAAAUGAUAGGGGCGUUUCCACAACAGAGGAGAUGGGUAACGUCAGAAGAAGAUCGUCAUUCAGAGUUCGGAGAUUUUCCACAUCUUCAAACAUAUCUGAAGGUGGAGAGGGAAUUGAUCCUGCAAUACUGGGCAGCCCAAUAUCUGAGAGUCACGAUCAAUAUGAAGUCGAUAACCUCAAUUAUGCGGAGCAAAGAACUGGUAUCUUUGCUAACGAAGCCAGAGGGACAAUUUCUUCCAGCAAUGCUGUGGAGGAUGAUGAUGUUUACGACGCAUAUGCCGACAUAAACACCAGAGAUACCAUCUAUCCUCUGAACGGCCGUUUUGGUAACAGCUUGAGGGACUAUUCUAUCAACUCUGCCUCAACUUAUUACAAUUCUGAUUCGACUGAGGAGAACAAUGUUGCAGGGAUCGACUGGGUCGAAGAUCGCAAUGGAAGCUCGCUCGUGAUUGGUACUGACUACGGGAUAAUGAAAUGGAAUAUAAAUUCCUGGGCAAGAAGAAGUUUUUCCAGCUAUGAUUUCUGUUAG